UUCCUUGCUGAGCCUGUAACACAGUCCAGUAUGGAGUCCAAACAAGAGGAAGACUUACAGUUCUUUGUGGCUACAGAGACCGAUGGACAACGACACACAUUAUUGCGAACACCUCGGUCCAUGCCUCCACGCCUCAGAUCUGCCAGUACGUCUGUGAAUGAAGAUGCUUUCAACAUUCUUAUGGCAGAUGUGUCAGGCUCUAUGUGUUCUUUCUGGUCACAUGUAGUUACAGGCUGGGAGAAUAACAUCAGGAAUAACCUUGAAGGACACACCAAGAUUUUCGUGUUUGACCACUUUGUGAAGUUUGUGCGAUCUGCUAACUACUUAACCCAGGAAGAUUUCUCAAGUGGUGGAACAAAUCUUACUGCAGCAUUAAAAAAAAUUCGAGAAGAAGUAGAUAGUUGUUCUGAAAAAUAUAUACGAGUCUUCAUUAUAACAGAUGGUCACCAUGGAAGUGGAGAACCUUUACCAGACACUGAAAUUAGUCUGAUGAAUGCACCACAAGGCAAGAGAGUCGAUGUAUAUCUCCUUGGUAUUGGAUAUGGUUUUCCUGUCAACUACAGCAUUGACAUACGAUCAUUCAUGCACACUGGAAGUGCUAAUGUACCUUCACUUUUUUGGGCUAAAGAAAUGAAUGAAAUUGAAGAGCAGAUGAGGUCCAUUGGAAAUGAACUAAGUGUUGGAAGAGCAAUUCUCAGUCUGAACUACCAGGGUUAUACACUUCCAGGUUUAGACAAAUCUCUAGUAAUUCAUCUUGGUGAGUGGAAUUACUUUCCUGAAUCCCCAGAAGACCUUCCACCACUAACAGUUAAGGUAAAUGAUGAACCUCCAAAGACAUUACCUAUUGAAAUUAAAGAAAUAUCUGUAAACUUAUUGGUAGACCAGGUGUUCCGUCAAUGGAGCUCUGUUUUACUUCAACAGCACCGUAAGAAGCAGCAUGUUCCUAUACAAACCUUUGACCUCAUGGAGACAUUAUUCAAGAAUGUGAUGAAUAAACUGAAAUCUGAAGUGAGUGAUGGAAAUAGUGUCAAGGAACGGCUUCAGAAGAAAAACUUGAAGAAGUAUGAAGUAGAAUAUGCAACACUCAUGAAUCAGAGCAAGACAGUUAUUGGUAUUGAAGGUAAGUAUCAGAAUGAAAUAGAACUUGCUGAAACCAUCCUAAAGAGUACAGUCACAACUAGAAAAUAUGAUACAAGAAAUUUAAAAAUGAAAGGUCAUGGCCAAGAAGACUAUGGCGAUGACAUUCAAGCUUUCCUUAAAUUAUAUGAGAAAGCCAAACCAAGCAUCCUACAACUGCCACAACCAACACCUGAUGACUGCUGCAGGAUCACCAUGACCUCAACCUUACUGGAUAUGCAAGAUUCAGACUUUCAUUUGCUAUUUGAAGAGAACAAGUUUGACUUUUUAAAAACUUUCACAAUGACAGGGAUUCCAGUGUAUGCACCAGUUCGUGAUGCCUCACAGAUCAACCCAUGGACCUUUGGCAUAAAACAUAUGCUUGUGACACCCUUUACAAUACUUAGUCAGAGAGCUAUUGAAGCCUAUGCUGAGUGUGAUGAAGAUGGGUUUGGAGCUUCAGAUAAAGAUGUAAUACUUCAAAAAAGCGAUGAAAAAACUCGUUUCAAUGCUAUAAUACCUAUUGUGCCUGAGAGUGCUGCUGGGGUCUUAAAACCUCUUGUUCGUUCCAACCUGUAUGCUAUGUUGGCUACAUUUUGUAUCUUGAAAAAUCCUCAUAUUAUUGACCAUAAUGCACACAUUGCUGCUCUAGGCUGUGCUUGGGUGAAAUCAAUAACCGAUUAUCCUCCCAAAGAUCGCCCAGAAUUUGUCCAAGAUCGACUGAAAAAUAUUUUAGCAACAGCUAAAAUAUACAUGGAUCGAGGAGGAAUACUUCGUUAUGUAAAAGCUCUUCUGAAACAUCCCAAGCAGGCUCUGAUGACUGAAAGCACUGAAAUGUUUGAUGGCCAUACCCUCAAAUGUGAAUCAUUCAUAAAGCCAUUGUUCUUCCUUGGUAUGGUAAAGGAUAAACUAACAAUGCCAGAAACAAUAAAUCUUCUGAAACUGAUGUUAGCAGAGUUCAUUGGUCGUUGCCUCUCAAACUACAAGGUUAAUGAAUCAGAGGCCACACCUUACACAGACUUCUUUGCUAGUGAGCUCAAUGAUCCAGUCACAAAGAAGGCUUGGUUGGAAAAACACUCAAAGAAUAUAAUUGAUACUUUCAAGUCGGCCCAGGGUAACCUAGUAGAAAUGUUUUACUCCAUCGAUGACCUGAGAAGUUCCUUUAAGGCUCACAUUUCUACCCUAAUAUCACCCUUAUCUGGGAAGCUUCUUGAAGAAAUAGCUCUAAACAUCAACAUGGAAAAGGUAAAGAAGCUGAGUAAUUAUGGAAGUUGUGGAUAUGUCAAAAUUAAAUCCUUCCAUGCAUGGGCUGAGGAAAUGGGAGUUCCCAAUGAUAGUAUUAAAGAAGCCAGUGACCCAUCACAGGUUCUGCGGUAUGUGAAUGAGGCUCUUCAACAUCAUAGUUCUAAGGAACGUCUUUCAAAAGAUCUUGACACAACUGAAGAAGCCAUGGAAUUUAUCAAGAAGAAAGUAAUUCAAGAAAACACAAAGACUUUGAAGGAAUCUCUGUUAAAAGAGGGUCAGGAGUGUGCUGAAGCAGAGUGGCAUAAGGCUUACACAGUUCUACACAGCCCACUGGUAAUGCCCUUGAAACAGAAGCAGAUAAUAGAAGCAGCUCAGGCCAAAGGGAUAGAAGUCACCGAAGAAACAUUUAGUCGCAUUUACAGGUAUGAUGAGCGUCUGGGAUUACUGCGCAACGCCUGUCAGAUUCCAGGAUGCCCACAUUAUUUGUCCCCGCACAGAAAUUUCAAUCAGCAUCUCGCUGUUGAGCGGGAACAUAAAAACUUCCCUCAUUGUCUUCACUUGAUUUCCCACCAGUUCAGUGAUAAGGACCUAGAUACAGUUGUACAAGAGAUAGUAAAAGGUUCACUUACUGGAAGACAAAAGAGGCGACAACCUUCCGCUCCUGAGCCUUCAUCCCUCAAUCCUCUUCUGGGUGAACUGAAGAACCUUUUGCAAGAAUACUGUACAUCUGAAGGACAAGAUGUUGAGUCACCACAACAAUCGAGCUACAUGAAAAGAAUUGUUGAGUCACUGCAACAACAAGAGGAGAAUAUGAGUGACUCUGAAGACCAGUUUUAUGACUGUGAGACUUAAAGGGUCUUCAUACUUCAAAAUAUUUACAUUCUACUAUCUGUAAGUAUGCAAGUAUAGUGUUGAACCAUGUAUUUUCAUAAUAAAGAAAUAUAUUGUACUGAUCAUGUUGUGAUUUACUUGCAUAUAAAAAUAUGUCUCACUCAUACAAAUAUUUUCUGACAAAAUGGUGUUUAGUUAAGAGUUGAAAGA